CUGCGGUACAUGUUUCGGGAAAGGUUGCGCCAAAGAUUUGAAAGACUUUAUUAAGAAAAAGUAGAAAGUACGGAGGUGAAAAUACCGUAUUCGAUGCGCGAAAGUCUGGACGGCUAAUACUGGACAGUUAAAAAUGGGUUGUCGAAAAUCCACACUGAGGGAUAGCCACAAUGGCGGAGGACUCAACGCGAAGACCGGGCAGGCCGUAUGCGCCGAGCAGACCUACGUCAGGGACCCCACCUCUGGCAAGCCGCAGGCCAGAAAUACAUCUGGGCAAGAUGGCCUCCUUCUGCCGGGCCAGAUCUUUCAGAAAAUGGAGGAGCAGAGUGAGACAGGGAAGAUCGUCAUCGCGCUGUACCCCUACGAGGCCAUCCACGGAGACGAUUUAGGGUUUAAGAAAGGAGAAAAACUCAAGGUUCUCGAGGAGCGAGGGGAGUGGUGGAGGGCGAAGUCUCUGUCCACCAGGAAAGAGGGUUUCAUUCCCUCCAACUACGUCGCUGAGGCCAACACAAUGGAGACCGAGGAGUGGUUCUUUAAGGACAUCACCAGGAAGGACGCAGAGAGGCAGCUUCUGGCCCCCGCGAAUAAAGCGGGGUCCUACCUCAUCCGGGAGAGCGAGACGUCCAAAGGAAGCUACUCGCUGUCAAUCAGAGAUGUCGACGCCCAGGGAACGGAGAUGGUCAAGCAUUAUAAGAUCCGCAUGCUGGACAACGGAGGGUACUACAUAUCUCCCAAAAUCACCUUCCCCGACAUCGGCAGCAUGAUCAAGCACUACCACAAACAAGCGGACGGGCUGUGCAGAAAGCUGGAGAAGCCAUGUGAGAAACCCAAGGCCCAGAAACCGUGGGACAAAGACGCCUGGGAGAUCUCCAAGGAGUCCAUCAAGAUGGUGAAGAAGCUGGGAGCCGGUCAGUUCGGAGAGGUGUGGAUGGCCUACUAUAACAACACCACCAAAGUGGCGGUGAAGACACUGAAGCCGGGGACGAUGUCUGUGGAGGCCUUCCUGGAGGAGGCCAACCUGAUGAAAACCCUGCAGCAUGACCGCCUGGUCCGUCUCUACGCUGUGGUCACCAAGACCGAGCCCAUCUACAUCAUCACUGAGUUCAUGGCCAAUGGAAGCUUGUUAGACUUUUUAAAAAGUGACGCUGGGAGCAGAGUGCAGCUGCCAAAACUCAUAGAUUUUUCAGCCCAGAUCGCAGAGGGGAUGGCGUACAUCGAGAAGAAGAACUACAUCCACCGAGACCUGAGGGCCGCCAACGUCCUUGUGUCAGAGAGUCUGCUGUGUAAGAUUGCUGACUUCGGCCUCGCCAGGGUCAUCGAGGAUGACCAAUACACAGCCAGAGAGGGGGCCAAAUUCCCCAUCAAGUGGACCGCCCCGGAAGCGAUCAACUACGGGUCGUUCACCAUCAAGUCAGACAUGUGGUCCUUCGGAAUCCUGCUGUACGAGAUCAUUACGUAUGGGAAAAUCCCGUAUCCAGGAAUGAGUAAUGGUGAGGUCAUGACCUCUGUGCAGCGGGGUUACCGCAUGCCCCGCCCAGAGACCUGCCCCGCGGAGCUCUACGAGAUCAUGAACAGCUGCUGGAAGAACAAACCGGACGACAGGCCCACCUUCGACUACAUCCAGAGCGUUCUGGACGACUUCUACACCGCCACAGAGGGGCAGUACCAGCAGCAGCCAUGAGGGGGAGACAGAUCACCCAUGCAGCAGGUUCAGCUCACCAGAUCACGCCAGCUGGAAGGUAGAAAGUGGAAUGACAUCACACGGCACUUGGUUUGCUUAUUUUAAAGCAAACGCAGCUUUAAUUUUCUGUUUUCCCGCUUCAAAUUGAAGUAAAACAACAAUCUGAGAUAUAUAUUUUUAAACGAUUCUAGUUACAUUGUUAGUAAUACGCCUGUUUUCAGAAGUCUGUUCCAUAUCCCCAGUAAUGAGGGCGGAAAGCAGAGAGGCAAGCCGAUGAAUGUUUUCGCCCCAGGCCUUGUGCUUCUGGUCUUGUAUGUGAGCACUUUACAAAAGUACCUAUCCCUGUCCUAGGACCAUGAUGGAUAGCACUAUUGCACAAACACAGUGGAGGUGUUGGCUUGGUUUCCCAAGUCAGAUCCUUUGUGAAUAUCACCAUCUGCAAAUCCGUGAAGGGGGCCGUGCCCAGAACGAGCAUUGUGCAUGUCAGGGUAUUCUGAUUAACUUAAUUGAAAGC